AGGCGGGGACACCCUCUCCGAGCUGCACCGCGCUUUGCGCGCCGAGUUUGGGGACAAUGGGACCGCGGCAGCUGCUGCUUGUGGCUGCGGGACUGAGUCUCUGUGGUCCCCUGCUUUCUGCCCGCACCCGAGGCCGCAAACCAGAGUUACAAGCAACAAAUGAUUCUGUGGAUCCCCGGUCAUUUCUUCUCAGGAAUUCCAAUGCUGGGUAUGAACCUAUCCCAUUGGACUACUAUGAGGCGGAAAAUGAAAUCGGGUUAACUAGAGGCAGAUCAAUCUCCGUCAAUCACAGCAGCUCUCAAAAACCUCCCUCUGUGUUCAUCUCGAAAGAUGCCUCCAGAUAUCUGACCAGCUCCUGGCUGACUCUCUUUAUCCCCUCCGUCUACACUGGCGUGUGUGUCAUCAGCCUUCCUCUAAACAUCAUGGCCAUCGUUGUGUUCAUCUUGAAAAUGAAGAUCAAGAAGCCUGCCGUGGUGUACAUGUUACACCUGGCCACGGCAGACGUGCUCUUCGUGUCUGUGCUCCCAUUUAAGAUCACCUAUUAUUUUUCCGGAAGUGACUGGAAAUUUGGGUCUGAAAUGUGUCGCUUCGUCACUGCAGCGUUUUACUGUAACAUGUAUGCUUCCAUCAUGCUCAUGACAGCCAUCAGCAUUGACCGGUUUCUGGCUGUGGUGUAUCCCAUCCAGUCCCUCUCCUGGCGCACUAUAGGGAGGGCGUCCUUCACGUGUCUAGUCAUCUGGGCUAUGGCCAUCGCGGGGGUGGUGCCCCUUCUCCUCAAGGAACAGACCGUCCAGGUGCCAGGCCUCAACAUAACCACCUGCCACGAUGUGCUCAAUGAAACCCUGCUCGAAGGCUAUUAUGCACAUUACUUUUCCGCCUUCUCUGCUCUCUUCUUCUUUGUGCCGUUGAUCAUUUCCACAGUUUGUUACGUGUCUAUCAUUCAGUGUCUUAGCUCUUCCACAGUCGCCAACCAGAGCAAGAAGUCCCGGGCUUUGUUCUUGUCUGCUGCAGUUUUCUGCAUCUUCAUCAUUUGCUUUGGACCCACAAACAUCCUCCUGAUUCUGCAUUACACAUUCCUUUCUCAUAAUCUCACCACAGAGGCCGCCUACUUUGCCUACCUCCUCUGUGUCUGUGUCAGCAGCAUAAGCUGUUGCAUCGACCCCUUGAUUUACUAUUAUGCUUCCUCUGAGUGCCAGAGGUACCUCUACAGUAUCUUAUGUUGCAAAGAGAGUUCUGAUCCCAGCAGUUACAACAGCAGCGGUCAGUUGAUGGCAAGUAAGAUGGAAACCUGCUCUAGUAACCUAAAUAACAGCCUUUACAAAAAGCUGUUAACUUAAGAAAGGGACUGCUGGAGGGUUACAAACAAAAGAUUGAAAACAGCAAAGAACCUGAGGAUUCCAUUAGUCCCUGCCAAAAAAGUAUUUACUUUACCAUCUUAAACUACAAAUGUGUGAUUUGCAUGCCUCCUUCUUAGGAGAGCCAUUAAGGGUAUAUAUUUGUUAGUUACAGGAAAAGAUAACAUGAAUAGAAAACUAUGUUAUUCCAAGUAUUGCCUAUGCUACAAUAAUAACUGCCACUUUUCGAUGUAUUUAGGUUACUUAGCAUGUGUAUGUAUAUAUGUACAUAUACACACAUUUGUAUCAGUUGCAAUGCAGCAUUGAACGGGCACUUUGAAGCUUUCUUCUUUCCCCAAGAGACUGUGAAAAUAAACUCUGAUUCUCUGGUUUAAUAUGCAAAGUUUGGGUCAAUAGAGUUUAGCCCUGAACAUCUGAAGAUGUCCAUCAAUAGUGAGGGUUUCUGUAGUUUGGACUUACACAGCUUUUACAAAUAAGUUUAUUUUGAACUUGUUCAACAGCUUUAAGUUAUUGAGAGAUAAGAAUACUAUCUGUGUGUAGAAAAAGUUCUACUGUUUUUCAUUUUAAACAUAUCAAAGUUUGAAUUUGUUAAUAAUGGAAACAUAGGUAGAAUUUUUGAUGUUUUACAUGCUGUGUAUGUAAACCAACAAUGAGCAGAGGUGGCAUUAGUGCCUGGAUGUUGGCCUUCAAAGUGACCGCCCUGAUGGAGGACUCUGCUCUGUGCACACAGGGCAGGGGCGAAGGGCAGCCCAGACCCCCCGGCUGAGCCUCCCAGAGCGUGCCGGGAUCGGAACCACCACGCCUGGGCUCUCUCCUGGGGUUCCCUCAGUGGUUGGCUGUGAAUGGUAGGUGUUUAUUAGAAAUUGGCAGAGUAGGGUGUGCUAUCCCAGGAGAUAAUGGGUAUGAAACACUUCUCUGCCCGUUCAUUUUAAGAACAGAGAAAGAAGGCAUGUCCACUUCCUGCAGUUACCUUGCGAGGUCCGUUGUCCGAUGGAAAUACCCUUGGAGCAAACAUGAACACCCAGUAGGUGCCCCAGGCACUCUGAUGGGUGCUGGGCAACAGAGUUGGAUAAGACUGGCACCUGCCCUCUAGAAGAAAAAAGUACACCCGUAAUGGAUUGUGAUAUGUGUAUAAUACGUAGGUCAUUAUAUAAAGAAGUUUUUUUAACCACAUGUCACCAAACAGGUUUCACACGGCCUAUCUGUUGAAAAACUUUGAACAUUUGGGUUAUUGCUUCCUGUAGUUAUAACUUGACAUGAAAACACAAUACAAUACAGGAAGUGUAGUUUUACAGAUAAGUCCCUCCAACCACAUUAUUGGGCACUGUGUAUUUACAAACGUUUUCAAUAAAUUACCCAAACCAGGUUUUUAAAAAAGAAUUAAUUAUGUAAGUCUGAUUAGAAAUAACAAUAAAAUUAAAUUGAAUUCUAGCAAAAUUAUUCCAGAUCUUACAUUCACUUUUCUUAAUAGCUAAUGAGAUGAUUUUAAAAGCCUUUUUUUAACCCCAGAAUGAGUAUCAAGCGCAGAAAGUCCUCAUGGAUUUGACAAAGCAGUUUGGAAAUUAGGUUGCAAUGCAUCUUUUUUCCAUAUUAAAAAAAAGCAUCAUAAACAACAACAAAGGAAAGUUCCAAGGCAGGUGCUUGCCUAUUUAAAAGAGGAAACUAUUUCCAAAUGCCCGAAAAUAUUGACAUUAAAGUGUGUUUUAUAAGUGGACACUAACAUUGAUUUUUACUAAUUGCUAUAUUCAUUUUAUCCAGCUCAGAGGAG